ACAUGAAUGCAGUCGAACCGAGCUGACGACCAUUUCACCAUCAGGAAGAACUAUUAGUAUAUUUUUCAAUUUUUCAACGUUUCUUAAAAUAAAUUAAGUUACCAUUCUCUCGGUUGAAUUGUUUACGUUAAAGUUCAUUAUUUAUCGAAUUAUUUGAGGCCGCUUUAAGUGCACUUGCCAAGAAUGACUUCGAGACACGAAGGUGUUAGUUGCGACGCGUGCCUGAAAAGUAACUUUAAGGGAAAACGUUAUAAAUGUCUUAAAUGUUAUGAUUUUGACCUUUGCGCGAGCUGUUUUGAAAAUUCUGCCGCUUCGCCUCGUCAUACACCCGAUCAUCCGAUGCAAUGCAUUUUGACUAAAGCUGAUUUAGAAUUAUAUUUCGGUGGAGAAAUUAUGCCGCAUGAUCAAGCAGUAUCUUUUACAUGCCCGUAUUGUGGUAGAUUUGGAUUUACCGACAUCAAUUUACACGAUCACGUAUCAAAUGAGCAUGCUGAAGCUGGAAAUGAAGUGGUUUGUCCUAUAUGCGCGUCACAGCCUGGAGGAGAUCCUAACCAUGUAACUGAUGAUUUUACCUCUCAUUUAGCAGUAGAGCAUCGAGCACCAAAGGAAUUUGAAGAGCCUUUAAGUGGAAUCCGUCACAUGCGACGAAUUCCCCAUUCUACAAGGGGUAUAGGUCGUGGUCGUCGUAGUACUUCCAAUACUGGACCCUUCCAAGCCAAUUUCUCGACACUAACAGCAGCCGCCAGAGACGCUUCAAAUUUUGAUCCUAUUGCAGAACUCUUAUCUCAACUGUCAACGGUACGUGGAAGAGGGACUCCGGCGCAUAGUGUGUCGUCUCGAUUACAGCAACUUGAAAUGCAAUUGCAGACAACUAGGCAACAAUUAGAGAGGCUACCUCGUCGUAUGGAUAGGAUGUCUGAGCCGCAGGUAAACGUACCUCCACAAUCUACAUUUAAUCGAGGAACCUUCUCGAAUCCGCCACCUCAGUCAAAUAACGUCUCCCAGACGCCAGAAAUGAGUAUGACGAAGUUUUCUCUACCACUUGACGUGGAAGUAGCAUCUGAUCCUAGCAUAGCCCAGGAAAAGACUAGUCAGAGUGUUACCGAGAAAUCAAAAUUUUUACUCGAAAAGUUGUCGAAUAGUGAUUUAUCUGAACAAGAACGUGCAACACUAGAAGAAGAGGCAUCUGCUGCCAGUUUAUAUAUUGAAGAGCUUUUAUUGAGCUCUAUUAAUACGCAUAUAACCCAUUUCUCGGAUGAUGAUGAUUCGCUCCUAUCUUUCUCUUCUACGGAGGAAUUGCGGGGUAUGUUACCAGGAACGGUGAGGUGGGAUUCGGACGAAAGCGAAGAGAAAUUUCGUUAUGAAUACUCGCUGAAAAAGAGGAAAAGAAGGCGGAAGAAGAAGGCUCGUGGUAGUAUCAAAGUUAUUUGUUCCGAUGAUGAGGAAAAAUCUAUAGAAAAGGGAUACGAGAGCAAACAGGAAGUUUAUAAGGAAAAUGAUUUAGAGCCUGUGCUAGACAGGGAUGGUAAUGUUGAUAAGUGUACAGCAGAUAAUAUGCAGUUAGAUGUUGGGCAUCUAGAAUCGAAUGGAGCAGAAUCACUUCGAGAAAACCCUCAUCGUACUGUCAAAGGACAUCAUGAAGCCUGGACAGAUAGGAAUCAAUCUUCUAAUUCAUCUAGCUAA